GUGCAUUGUGUGUGUCAAUUUAUAUGUGUGUUUAAUUCCUCUUGUUUUAGAGUUUCAAUUGAAAAUAUCAUCAUGAAGCUAGGAAACAUUUUGCUAACAAUUGGGGUUUUAUUUGUUCUCUUCAGCCUCGCCUAUGGAUCCGUUGAUCCAUUGAGACUUUGCCACGAAAGUAUGACAUUGGGUGGAAAAUGUAGCUCUUCAUCUGGUUUCUCUCCAUCUAGUUGCUUUGGAGCAUUCAACAGUAAAUAUGGAGCAAGUGCCGUGACUCAGAAUUGUUCUUGUAAAGAUAAUAAUAAUAAUACUCACGUAUGCACAUGUUGUAUUAAUUGUGUAUAUUCAUCUACUAAAAACUAUUGUUCUUAAUACUCCUAUUUUUUAUACACCCUAGCAGAAAUGAUAUAUUAUGUUAUGAUUUUUCAAAUUUAAGGGAAAUAAUAAUAAUAAUCACUGCAAAUCUAAUGCAUGAUUUGUUAA